CCCAAGACCCGAUGGGAACCCUUCUCUUCAAAUGCCCCGCCUUCCCUUGGCGCCACCUCCGCCGCGCCCCUCCUCUCCUCAGGAUGACUUCCGCCGCCUCCCCCGCCGGCCCCCGGUCGUCGUCGACCGCCGGUAGCGCCGUCAGCGUCUCCGUUUCCGAUUCUCCCCGGCGGAAGAAGGCGCGGCGAGAGUCGCCGGAGGGCAUCCUACGCCACCGUCUGGAUAUGUGCUCGAAGAACGGGGACGCGGCUUCCGCUAUCGCCUUCUACGAUGAGGCCUGCCUCGCAGGUGUCCCCCUCUCUAGCCACCACUACAACACCCUCCUCUACGUAUGUUCCCUUCCGACCCCUGCCUCCACAGAGGAAGUAGAUCGAGCGACCAUUAUUGAACGUGGAUUUGAAAUCUAUGACCGAAUGAAAGCCUGCGGUGUUCCUGCAAACGAGGCGACGAUCACCGCGGUCGUUCGUCUCGCCGUCGAGAAGGGCGACCUGGACGUCGCCUUCGACCUCGUCAAGCGGAUGCCAGAUUCCGGUCUCGCGCCGCGCCUUCGGUCUUUCAGCCCAACUUUGCUAGGGUUUUGCAGAGUGGGGAACGUUGAGAAAGCUUAUGCGGUCGAUGAGUGCAUGUCACAAGUUGGAGUUUUGCCGGAGGAGGGUGAGCUUGCUGCAUUGCUGCAGGCGAGUGCAGAGGCAGAGAGGGAAGAAAAGGUUUAUUCUCUUUUGCAUAGGUUGAGAAGGACGGUGAGGGCAGUAUCGGAAUCGACCGCGGAGAUAACGGAUAGGUGGUUCAGGAGUGAGGCAGCUACGCGGGUCGGAGUAGAGGACUGGGACGCAGAGGAGAUUAGAGCAGGGGUUGUUGCUGGUGGCGGUGGGUGGCACGGGAAAGGUUGGUUAGGAAAGGGAGAGUGGAGUGUCGUAAGGACGUGGGUUAAUGAGAAUGGCGUCUGCCAGGCAUGUGGGCAGCGGAUGGUUACAGUGGAUAUCGACCCAGUAGAGACGGAGAACUUCGGAAAGUCGCUUGCAGAAUUGGCUUGCCAAAGGGAAGUCAAGACAAAUUUCACCAAGUUUCAGGAUUGGCUUAAGAACAAUGGACCGUUUGAUGCUGUAGUUGAUGGUGCUAAUGUGGGCCUCUUCAAUCAGGGUACAUACGGUUUCAACUUCUUCCAAUUGAAUUCUGUUGUUAAUGCAUUACGAGAAAUGAGUCCAACAAAGAAAUUGCCCCUCAUUGUUCUUCAUAGCCGGCGUCUAAAGGAUAAUCUUGCAAAUAGACCACAGAACAAGCGGUUGAUAGAAGAAUGGCAGAGAUCCCAUGCACUCUAUGCUACUCCGAAUGGAUCAAAUGAUGACUGGUAUUGGUUAUAUGCAGCAGUCAGUUGCCGUUCUUUGCUGGUUACGAAUGAUGAAAUGAGAGAUCAUUUGUUUCAACUUCUAGGGAAUAGCUUUUUCCCAAGGUGGAAAGAGAGACAUCAGGUUCGGCUGGCGGUGUCAAAGACCAUCAGCUUCAGAAUGCCACCCCCAUAUUCAACAUUGAUACAGGAGUCAGAAGUUGGCAGUUGGCACAUACCUAUUGCUAUUGAUGAGGAGUCUGAAACUCCAAGGCCAUGGAUUUGUGCAAAUAGGCAUGGCUUACCGAUUUGAUUUAUGUCAUCUGUCAAACAAGCUUCUGGCGAAUGCUGAAGGUGGGGCGAUUCCGAACCUACCUCGGUAUUUCAUUGCAGCAGUUUUAAUUUGCAAAUUGCUCGAUUUUGUAGCCAUCUCUUUAAUGUGUAAUAUGUAAUGCUCAGCUGCUCAAUUUUGGAUAUUAUUUUCUUACGUGCGUCCUAAGAAAGCUUAUCGAUGUUCUCUGUUUGUUUCUA